CUUCCAAUACAUUAGCUGGUCAAUUUGGCAUGUAGUCGACGGUAGGAAUGCAUCAUCCACCCCUAGAACGAAGUGUCUGCACGCCUGGCAGAAUGACCCAAGCAGCCCAUCCAUUUUUGGUCCGAACGUGACCCAGUCGAUUCCUCCGAUGGUAGCGCCAAGGGUCGCAUUCGACUGCCACUUCCACGCGUCGCACGAUAGACGAGCCGGAACUUCCUCGCUGACCAAUCCCGCCUUCUACGGACAGUAUUAAUGCAAAUCACAGUGCUUGAAGACAUCAGUGCGUACCAUCGGAGUCGAACGUCAAGCUACGUGCCUUCAGACUUCGGAUUUGUCGGCCGAUUGCGUGUAAAGCCAGACAGCGAGAAUUUCCACUCGUUUCGGGAAUGACACGCCCGAAGUCACGAAGUUGCGCUGAGUCCUCAUCCUGCACCCAAGCUCGCACAAAUAAGACAGCUGUAAUUCCUCGGCCAGACAUGACUAAGCAUGUCAUUCGAUCUGAUCCCUUUCCCAACAUCAAGUUCAAUUGACAAGGCCGUUGUCAGUCUUGUGGGUCCUCGGAUGAGGUGGUCAGGCACGGAGCCGAAGUGAAGGAUGCUGUGCAGUAGGAUCGGACCCGGGCGGGGUCGGCAAAUAUCGAACAUGAAAUAGCGGAAGCGAAAAUAAAACCAUUGGAGAGAUC